AAAUGCGCGCGUAGAUAACUUCAGUUGCUCUUGUUUUAUUGUUUAGUCGAACACAACACCCACGUACAUUGCAAUGCCUCAAACCAAAGAGCUGCUGCAUGUUCUUGCUGUUGAUGAUAGUCUCGUUGAUAGGAAAGUCAUUGAGAGGUUGCUCAAGAUCUCUUCAUGUAAAGUCACGGCUGUGGAGAGUGGAAGCAGCGCUCUCCAGUAUCUGGGAUUGGAUGGAGAGAAAAGCAGCUCUGUGGAAUUUGAUCGGGUGAAUCUGAUAAUAACAGACUAUUCUAUGCCUGGGAUGAGUGGAUAUCAGCUUCUGAAGAAACUCAAGACAUCUUCAGCGCUGCGAAAGAUUCCUGUGGUGAUCAUGUCUUCCGAGAAUAUUAUGAGUCGAAUCGAUAGAUGCUUGGAACAAGGGGCAGAGGAUUUUCUAGUAAAGCCGGUGAAGCUUUCAGAUGUGGAGCGUUUGAAGGAUUACAUGCUCAAAGGACAAGGAGAAGACGAUAAGGUGAAGGCAGCAUACAAGAGAAAGCUUCAAGAAGAUGAUCCAUCUUCACAAUCGCUAUCGAAGCGACCACCAUUAGUCAACUGAUAUAUGUGUUAUACGCAAAAAUCACC